AUGUUCAAAGUCGACAACUACUACUACACAGACAGCAGUUAUCAGUUGGAGCUGAACCUGCAAUGCAUAAGGCGAGAGCUGAUAGCGAUGCUUGAGGACUUCGAAAGAAACGACUGCACUAACUGCAAACAGCUUAAAUGCAGCUGCUCGGAACCCAAGCCGACACUCUCCGACAGCGGGAGAAACAGCCAAGCGAGCUGCAAAUCAUCACACAGCAAGCAGGAUCCAGCCAAAGAGGCGCCAUCCGCCGAUCUCCUACCCAAACCCGAAUGGGACGAAGUGAAGAAGGCCACAGAGCCCGAGAAGUCUAUACCUGACAAGUCGACUAAGGACGUAGAAGCGUGGGUGAGGUCGGUCACCCCCAGCGCACCGCCCUACGUACCGGAGUACAAUCGCUACGACGAUGACCUGAUCGACCAGGCCUUCAACUGGUCAGGGUUGAAGUCUGCGUGGGACGGAAAGAAACACUCGCUGGAGCUGCUGGGAAAUGUCAGCGGCGUGGAUGCGUUCUUUCGCAGCUUUAGGAAACCUACCUUGUCACGUUCUUCGGCCCAGACCAACGUGUCUUACAUGUCUAGUAAAUUGGCCGCCGCGUUCAAAGUUAAACCGAAGAAAUCCUACGAAUACACUUAUUUC